GCGCCUACUUUUGACCCUACGCGGGGUCCUUAAAUUUGGCUAACUCAGACUCUUCCUUGGUAUCUCAUUGAUCUUAUUGUCUGUAACCCGAUUUCCCGUCCACAUUCUGUACCGCAGCCGCAAUUAGCACUGCACUUCGAAGCACGACCUUCAACCGAAUUGUGAAGGGCGCUCAUCAUGAACGACGACAUUCACUUUCCUACUCGACCCGUAGACAAGGAUAAGGCGGAAGCGGAGUUGGCCGUAAACAUCAAGAAAGCUACUAGUCCAGAAGAAGCUGCUCCGAAGCAAAAACAUGUCCGAAAAUGUAUUGUCUUCACCUGGGAUUACCAUUCCUCGAUAUCGUUUUGGAGCGGCUUGCGAGUUCAGCCUAUCCUUGCCGAUGAGGUUCAAACGUUCAAAGCGCUCAUUACCGUGCACAAAGUUCUUCAGGAAGGACACCCAGUCACAAUUAAAGAGGCUCAUGGUCAAACUUCGUGGCUGGAGACUUGCGCUCGCGCGGUUUCUAGUGACGGUGCGAGAGGCUAUGGUCCUCUAAUCAGAACGUAUGUCCAAUUUAUUCUGUCGAAACUUCGCUUCCAUCGGAUUCGACCUGAAUUCAACGGGCUCUUUGAAUACGAAGAGUAUGUCACCCUGAAAGGAAUCAACGACCCAAACGAGGGAUACGAAACCAUUUCUGACCUCAUGGGAUUACAAGACCAGAUCGACUCCUUUCAGAAGAUGAUCUUCUCUCACUUCAGACACUCAAACAAUAAUGAAUGUCGAAUCUCAGCCCUUGUCCCACUGGUGAAGGAGUCGUGGGGUAUCUACAGAUUUAUCACAAGUAUGAUGCGAGCAAUGUAUCGCCGGACUAAUGACGUUGAUGCUCUGGAGCCAUUGCGACAACGCUACGCCACGCAGCAUUAUAAUCUACGCAAGUUCUACUAUGAAUGUUCAAACUUGAAGUACUUGACCGGUUUGAUCAAUGUACCCAAGCUGGGCCAGGAACCGCCUAAUCUGAUGGAUACGGGGGACGCGCCAGAUUUGCCCGCGCGCCCCACUACAGCAGCGAGAACGUCUCCUCCGACUGUUCCUUCCCCGGAUGCCAAAGCACGAGAGGAGCAAGCACGCCUUCUGAAGCAGUAUGAAGAUCAGCAGAAGGCCCUACAGGCAGCCAGAGAAGAUGAAGAACAACGCCGGCUAGAAGAGGAGCGACAACAGCAACUCGAGUUUGAGCGAAGGCAAAGAGAACAAGAGGAAAAUCAACGGCGUGCUCAAGAGCAGCUUCUACUACAACAACAGCAAAUGUAUCGUAACCAAGCUGCUCAGCAAGCCGGCGAACUGGAACGCGAACUAUUGGCGAUGAGAGGGCAAUACGAGCGGGAUCAGAUUCUUUUAGAACAAUAUGAUAGGAGAGUCAAGGCUCUGGAAACUGAGAUGGCAGGGGCUUCAACUCAUAUCAGCUCUCAAAUGGCAUCCAAAGAUGAGAUGAUCAAACAACUCCAGGACCAAGUCACAUUAUGGCGCAACAAAUAUGAAGCUUUAGCGAAAUUGUACAGUCAGCUACGGACAGAACACCUCGAUAUGCUUGCCAAGUUCAAGCAGUUCCAACUCAAAGCCAAUUCUGCUCAAGAGGCUGUGGAUAAAAUGGAGCGGAUGGAGCGAGAUCUGAAGGCCAAGAAUCUGGAGCUCGCUGAUAUGCUUCGGGAACGGGAUCGUGCUAGGUUCGACGUCGACAGGCAGAAAUCGUCACACAAGGAGGAAACAGAUCGUUUACGAAGGGAGAUCAACUUUGCGAAUGAACGAGCCGAAGAUGCUUCGCGUGAUAAGAGCUCAGAAGUUUCUCAUAUCAUGUCCAAGUACAACAGACAGCUACAAGAAUUGGAAGAUUCUUUGCGUGCCAAGCAAUUGCAAAUCGACGAUCUUCUGUCUAAGUUAGAUGAUUCCAAAGCCGAGUUAGAGAGUAUCCGAGAAGAGAAGGACCAAGAAAUUCAAAUUCUCAAUGAAGAGAUGAACAAUACACUCAACCAGAUCGCCGACGAACAAAGGGAUCGUGGCUUGAUCGACCAGACCACCAACGCGCAAAUUGACACGCUAAUUUUGGAUAAUCGCAAAGAGUUGAAUGGUAUCAUUGAUUCGAUCUUGAAAUCAUGUCAACUCAAGGUUGAAGAAUCCCUUUGGGACUUACAAGCACCGGAUUCCGGAAGCCAAAGUUACACGCCAGAAUUAGCCCUAUCAAUGGUUGAAAAGUCCAUGAACAACGCCACAGACUUUGCGACCGUUUUCAAUCUCUUUUUGGGAGAGGAAGAAGGUGGCGAACACGUCGAGGUGAUCAAAACUGCGAACGAGUUGGCCCAAUCUGUCACCGAUGUUCUUGCCAGUACGAAGGGAGUUACACGGUUGGCAAGUGAUGACGACGCUUCCGACAAACUCGUCAAUGCUGCCAAUGUCGUUGGACAAUACGCUGUUCACUUCUUCCUGAACGUCCAGUCGUACAACGUCGACCGUCUGCCACCAGGUCAGCGUAAAGAUGUUGCUAUGCGAUGCAACGGCAACGUCCGUGGUGCCCUUACCAAACUCUCGGAAGUCGUCGACAGGCUCAUACCCAAGGGUGCUAAAUCUGACGCUCUUGCCCGAGCCAAUGGUAAUAUCGGGGACAUUGUCGAGAAUGAGAUGAGCAAUGCCGCGCUCGUCAUCGAGAAAGCCACACAACGUCUCCAAGAGCUCAUGAAGCGCCCCCGAGACCAUAACAAAUACAGUGCUGUGGAUCUCCAAGUUCACGAUUCCAUCCUAGAGGCCGCCAAAGCAAUCACUAGCGCCAUUGCACGGCUCAUCAAAGCAGCAACCGAGUCUCAACAAGAGAUCGUUGCGCAAGGCAAAGGCUCCAGCACCGUCCAGCAAUUCUACAAACGUCACAACCGUUGGACAGAGGGUCUCAUCUCUGCCGCCAGAGCCGUCGGUUUCGCUACGACUCUUCUUAUCGAAAGUGCUGAUGGCGUUCUUUCGGGUUCACACACUCUCGAACAACUCAUCGUUGCAUCCAACGAGGUAGCAGCAGCGACUGCUCAACUCGUGGCUGCAUCACGAGUCAAGGCAAAUUUGAUGUCCAAAACUCAAGAGCGAUUGGAAGAUGCAGCUAAAGCCGUGACCAACGCUUGUAAAGCACUGGUUAGGCAAGUCAAAGCGGUGGCGGCCAAACAGAUGGAGGCAGAGGAUGUGGAUUAUAAGAAUAUGGCUGUCCUUGAGUUCAAGAAGCGGGAGAUGGAGCAACAGGUUGAAAUCGUGAAACUUGAGAAGGAGUUGAAUGCCGCUCGGCAUAAAUUGGGUGCGAUGAGACGUGCAGGAUACCACACAGAUGAGACUGAUUGAAAAAAAGUGGGAAGGAGGUUUUUUGCCGUCUUUUUCUUGGUUAAGAUCUUAUUCAUACGCUGUG